UGGGGGCGUAGAAUCAUGAGCAUAAAACGACUUGCCGCUGCUAAGAGAUCGGUAAGACACUGGGACUGAUCGUUUUGCCUGCCACUUUAUCUCGCUUGCGUUGCUCUUCAACGUACCUAGGUAUAAUCUCUCGGCCCACGUAGGGAGAAUGGCGUCCUCAACCAAGCGUCGCAAGAUCUAUGUCUUUGCGACACCCGCAGGCACAAGCUUCGGAACCCAUGGAGGCGGCGGUCAUCUCCCUUUCCCCAAUUUCAUGAAGCACUGGGGCGUGAUGAUAGCCACCUCGGAGUCUGAUCAGGACGGGCUGAUGGUUGAGUUGAACAAGGGCAGCGCCAUCAAGUCAUUCGUGAAACUGCGCGGUUUUGAGGCUCCUAUCUGGCCGUGGGUGCGAUAUCGUACUGAGCGGGACCGACAAGAAUACCUUGAACCUCCGUUGAAGAUCAAGGACACUUAUUUGACGACGAUACUGACUGAUCAGGAGAUUCGAGAUAAAGCUACGGAGGCGUGCAGUGCCAUGGGUGGGACCUAUCACGUCAAAGACUUCAACUGCCAGACCAUGGUUCAGUUUCUUAUACCUCGGAUCCAGUAUGAACAGGAUCGCUGGUUCGAUAGGACAGCGCUUGAUGAAGUUUUCACCAGGGACUGGUUGCCAACAUGGUUAGGUGGCUUGGGCCUCUAGGCGGAAUCAGUGGCAUUGCGACAGACAGAUUUGACUUGGAUUACAAACGUAAUCUGGGGGAUGUUGUCUCUAGGCCAUUAUACACACUGAAUUCAACUAGCCGAGUUUGAUUAUAUGUAAUGCUUUUAGUUACUAUGGUACAUGCGCCGGUAUAUACAAGAGCGCUGG